GAAUUGUCUGGCAGUGACGCAUUAAAAGUAUUUUAGUGCGUUUGCCAGCUUGCCGUUUUCCUACAAACUAAGAAUCAACUCAUCCCGGGCGGGAGUUUAAAGUACUAUUUUUAACAACAGACAAUGUUGAUAUCUCCAAACGUAAAAUAAUUUGAAAACAAACAAAAUUAAUAAAUAUUAAUUACAUUAUGCAGCAAAGUUAUACGCGUGUGUGUGAAUACUUGUAAGGGACAAGUAACCGGAUUACGUUAGUUUCAUUAACAUUUUUCAUUGCAUCACUUUCACACGGUCUUGCUGACGCUGUUAAAGAAUAUACGAAAUAUUCACUAAUAAAAAAAUAAUUCACAAAAAGCCAUUAGCAAACUAAUUGUAAACAAAACAAUAUGUGCGACGAUGUUGUAGAAUUUGACGAGUUCAUCAAAUAUGAAUUGACUAAGGAUUGCGACUCUGUGGAAGAAGAGACCUUUAUAUACGAAGUAGAAGACGAGGUGGAGGUGGAGCAGCUAGAAGAUGUGACGAUAAAGCCAGAAUCUAUUAUAAUGGAGGUUAUCGAGGAGGACGACACUGAGCAGGGUUAUGAGGUGACUGAGGGGCUAGUGGAAAUUGCGCCUGAGUCGCUGCCCGCCGAUGUAGAAUACAUUAAAGAAGAAGAAAUUGAACAAAAGCCAGAGGUGGAGCGUUCGUCGAAUGAUGUACCUAAAGGCCCAAAACGAUACCUGCUCUUUGACGAACUUGUUGCCAACAUUGUCGACUAUGAUCUUGAUGAUACUCCUAUUGUCGAAUUCUCCUUGUCGAACCCUGAUACAGACGAGAAACUACCUGUCGAAUGUGGCAUUUGCCCCGAUGUAAUGCACAAAGCAAAACUCGCUGCCCAUCUCAAAACACACCUUGUACCCGGAACAAAUCGCUAUGCCUGUAUUUACUGUGACAAAUCAUACAAAGAUCAUAGUUACUUGGCUGGACAUUCACGCCGACACAUGGGCAUUCGGCCAUAUGUGUGCGAACCAUGUAAGCUGUACUUCUCAACAAAGCAAGACCUGCGUGUACAUAAUCAACGACGCCACCAAGAAAAAGAACAUAUUUGUGAGAUCUGUGGCAAAACAUUUUCACAAAAUACAAUGUUGAAGCGACAUCGCGAGUCCACACAUGAAAAGAUGAGGCGUUUCCAAUGCGAACACUGUCCCAAAGCAUACUACAAGAAUUUUUCACUACAGGAACAUGUUCGGAAUGUACAUAUGGGCAAUAGACGAAUGCUGGUGUGUCCUUUUUGUGGAAUGCAAUGUCGAGACGCCCACAAGAUGGCUCGGCAUCGCAAACUGCUCCAUCUCAACCAAAAAUACUUCCAUUGUGAAAUUUGUCAAGAAGAAUUCACAGAUAUUAGCUACUUUGAUGCGCAUAAACGUUCCAUACAGUGUCGAAAUAACACGCAACGAAAGUUAGAAGAGGAGCAACUGUUACAAAACCACGCAGAGGAGGAACAAAUACUGCUGCAGCAACAGGAGGAGGAAGAUCAUCCUGUCGAGGAGGUGGAGCAAAAGCAAGAACUGCAUUUUGUAGCACAACAACAAGAUGAAUUACAGCUACAAUCACAAACAGACGAGCUUUGUUAUGAAAUUACAGUAGUGAAUAGCGAUAAUCUCGACAUGCUUAAGGUACUUCCCAGCAUCACUUUAGGAAGCAACGCAAGUGCAAAAUGUGGAGAAAUCCAUUGUCACAGUUCCACGGAAUUUACCAUAAUAUGCACACUAUGCGAACUGAAGUCAUUCGAUUACGAACAUUUCAUGUUGCAUUGUAAAAACGUACACUUCGAAAAUGAUUUGUUGAGGACAGAGGAAGCCUUUGUGAAAGAUGAGCCCAUCAUUGAAGAUAACAGUAUUGACCAUGACUUCAUGGAUGAGUCUGACUUUGACAUUUCUGAUGAAGAGGACGAUCAUUCUGGGUUACGUGUAAUGAAAUGGGAUCAGAAAAACACCUUAUCGGAGUCUCUGAACAGUGGAUACAGAAAUUAUGCUGAAACAAAUCCUGAUGAUGAAGAUUACCUGCCAGCUUCGGAUCAACAAAAGAAACGAAAUAGGGACCGCCAUUCUCAAGCGUACAAGUGUGAAGUGUGUUCGCGUACGUACAAAAGUCAACACAAUUUGCGUUUGCAUUUGGAAAAAUCACAUAAUCCGGUUACAGAGAAGGUUGUAGUUAUACAAAUGCAAAAAUGCGAAGAAUGUACGGAAGAAUUUAAGACAUUGCGUAGCUUAGAAGAGCAUUGCAUAUCAAAACAUGGAGGAAUGAAAUGUACAUAUUGUGAUAAGAGAUGUACUUCGAGAACAAAUCAGCAACGUCACAUGGAAACUCAUACGCAUGGAACGGAGCGAAGCUUUGUCUGCGAUUACGAAAAUUGUACGAAACGUUUCUUUACACGUCGACAAUUUCAAGCACACAAGCGCACCCACACCAAAGGCAAGAACUUUAUUUGUGAUAUAUGUGGCUAUUCUUGCCGAGUACCUGAAAUGCUUAAGGUGCACUAUCGUUCACACACGGGAGAAAAACCUUUUGCUUGUGAUGAAUGCGGAAAAUGCUUUGUAUCUAAAUCGGCAGUUAGAGAGCACAAAGCAUCGCACGGUACUGAACGCCCACAUAUGUGUAAGGUAUGUGGGCGAUCAUUUGCUCGCGCUAAAUCUCUGUAUCAUCAUAAUUUCUUGCAUCUCGAAGAGAAGAAAUUUAAAUGCAAGUUAUGUGGGCAAGCAUAUGCGCAAUUGGCUGGGCUGGCCGGUCAUAUGAGGAGACACCGCGAGGAUGGCCUUUGCUGAUCAGAUAUUCAUCAAAUUUCGUCAAACUCUGUUCACCUUAAAAAAUUUUAACUUUAAUUUUGAUUGAAACUUAUUAUUACAUACAUAUAUAAAAUAUGCAACCUA